UCUCCUCCUCCUCCCUGAAAGACUGUCGCCAUUGGAUUUUGGAAUAUCUCUUAAAACGGAAACUUUAGAAUAAAUAAAGUUCUGACCUCCGGAGUGAAAAAUCUUUCCUUUAGCCCCACGGACACUUGAGAGUGCCACUAAAGCAGGUCCAAAGUCACCUGUGAGCCGUUUGAGCCGCACGAUUAUGGAGAGACUGCAUCUUUUGAAAGACUCUUUCUUCGGCCUGGAGCCUGUCCAGCAGCAGCUCAUCAUUGGAUCUGUUGUUGCUGCUACAGGAAUUUUGGCUUUUUUUGCUCACAGAAGCAGCAAAGUGAAGACCAUUCCUCUUGGAGAAGGUUGGUGGGGAGCAGGCCAGAAGCCAGCAUCAGAGGAUGAAGCCAUCCGUCCCUUCACUAUCCAAACCUCAGAUCAAGAGAUCAAGGACCUGCAGGACCGCAUCGACAGAACCCGAUUCGCUGAACCCUUAGAGCAGAGUGGCUUCCAGUAUGGCUUUAACUCCACAUAUCUCAGGAGGGUUGUGUCCUAUUGGAGGAAUGAGUAUGACUGGAAGAAGCAGGUGGCAGUGCUGAACACCUAUCCGCAUUUCAAAACCAAAAUUGAAGGACUGGACGUGCAUUUCCUUCAUGUGCGCCCCUCACAUGCCAGCAGCCAGAAGGUUCUUCCUCUGAUGCUCGUUCAUGGCUGGCCCGGCUCCUUCUACGAGUUCUACAAGAUUCUACCACUUCUCACUAAAAACCAUGAGGGGAUUACAUUUGAGGUCAUAAUCCCGUCCAUCCCAGGCUACGGCUAUUCCGAAGCGUCUCAUAAACAAGGGUUGGACAGCCUGGCUGUUGCCAGGAUUUUUCUGAAGUUAAUGGAGCGUUUGGGAUUCUCUGAGUUCUAUGUGCAAGGAGGGGACUGGGGCUCCCUCAUCACCACUAACAUGUCCCAGAUGAAGCCUGAGUGUGUGAAAGGUCUCCAUCUCAACAUGUGCAUGUCCAUGAGGGGCUUCAAGAUAUUGCUGUCUCUGAUUAUCGGCCCCUAUCUGCCCUUCCUGGUGGGGCUCACCCGGGAGGAUGCUCGCCGAUUGUUCCCUUUCUUUAAAAAGAACGUUUGGGAAAUCCUGAAGGAGUCUGGCUACAUGCACAUUCAGGCCACGAAACCCGACACCGCAGGCUGUGGAGUCAACGACUCUCCUGUUGGGCUGGCGGCUUACAUUUUGGAGAAGUUCUCAACCUGGACUGAUUACAAAAACAGAGAUUUGGCUGAUGGUGGACUGGAGAGGAAGUACAGCUUGGAUGAACUUCUGACAAACGUCAUGAUCUACUGGACCACCGGCUCAAUCGUCUCCUCCAUGCGCUUCUACAAGGAGAACUUCAAGAGUGACCCAAACAAAAGAAUCGAUGCUCUAACCGGGAUAUUUGUGCCCACUGGUGUGGCGGCGUUUCCCAACGAGCUGGCGCACUGCCCUAAAUCCUGGGCCCAGAUUAGAUACCGGAACAUCCAGUCCUACACGUUUAUGCCGAGUGGCGGUCACUUCGCAGCCUUUGAGGAGCCAAUGCUGCUCGCUAAAGACAUCAUCCAGUUUGUGAAGAAAGUGGAGAAGAUGUAAACGUGGAACAGCAGCGGUCAUGAUGCUCUUUUUUUAUUAUCAUUCUUCACACAAGCACACACAUUCUUUAAUCUUCUACACAUCAUUUUUACUCUGCUUGAUGUUGGUUAAACUCAUUAUCAGUAAAUAAGUGCACAGAUGUUAACGUCACACUGAUAUGUCCUGAGAUCUGUUAAACAAAAGAAACAAUGUUCUUCAAACCUUUCAAGUCUUGUUCAUUAAAAAUGUAUUGCACAAA